GAGUGGAACAGUGGUGACGCCAAUAGCAAAAGAAGAUAGAAGAAAAAAAAUUGUAAUGAAUAUUUUAAAAAUUUAGUUGUAAAGAAGCAAACACUCUGGAAACCAUAUCAUUAUAUAAAUUAAAUAAAUAACCGCUCUUGUCUUGAUAUUAAACCUUGUAAUAUUUAUUAAUUAAAAGGUGUAAACCUUCACAUUGUAUCGCUUCAAAUGCCAUCUUUUAGUCAAUGCUUUCAGCGAUAAAUUUGUAGUACAUACUUACCUACAUUUUGUUAUUAGCACCGAAAUCAAAUGUAUUCAAUCUCACGAGUAAAAAAGAUUAGUUAGUGCGUAUUAUUUUAUUAUGGCAGAUCCAUUCGAAGUAAUCGUAGGAACAUACGAGCAAUAUUUACUCGGUUACAAAAUAAACAAUGAUAAUAAUGAAUAUAAAAUAGAAAAAAGUUUUGCUACGCAUAGCCAUACCAAUAGCAUACGUAGCGUUACAUGUAACAAAAAUUUUUUAGCCUCCAGUGGAGCAGAUGAUUCUGUUUAUUUAUAUGAUUUAAAUAACAGAGUAGAGUUUGGUAGAUUAAUGCACCAUAAUGAUACUGUUAAUUGCAUCAUGUUUGCCCCUGACGGAUCUCACCUAUUUUCAUGCAGUAACGACGGAACUAUAGCUGCAAUUCGAUGCGGAAAUUGGCAAAUGGAGAAACAUUGGCAAAAACCACACAAAGGUUUAGCUGUUAAUACUUUAGCUAUUCAUCCAUCAGGAAAAAUAGCACUAUCUACUGGAGCAGAUGGAAUUCUUCGAACAUGGAAUCUAAUUAAAGGAAGACAAGCAUAUGCCACAAAUUUAACCCCAAGAUUGAAAUUAGAUGCUAAAAAUGUGCAUAUUCUUAAGUGGAGUCCUAAUGGUGAUAAGUAUUUGUUGGCUGUAAUGCAAACAAUAGAUGUGUACUCCGUAAAAUUAGCAGGAAUUGAAAGAGAAAUUAAAUUUGACUCAAAAAUUGUUUGCGUAGAAUUUUUAAACAAUGAUUUAAUUGCUGUAGGUUUAGAAAAUGGUCAAAUUAAGUUUUAUGAUCUUAAAAAAUCAGUGUACACUGUAGAAGCAGUUGCGCAUGAUAACCGUGUAAAAUGUAUAGCUAUUAAGGAUAAGUUUUUAGUCACAACUUCAAGUUCUGGAGAAAUUAAACUAUGGAGGUAUAAGAAAAACAAAUUAGAUAUGCUGCAAAAAGUUAAUUGUGGUCUUAGAAUUACCUGUUUGUCUUUUGCAAUAUUGUGUACGAAUUAGUAUUUAAAUUAAAUAUAUUAUAAAACAC